AUGCCCGAACUUACCGGAGAUGAUAAUGAGAAUCCGAAUUUCAAGGAACCAAUUGCCAACGUAACUUCAUCAGUUGGAAGGGAAGCUAUUUUGUCAUGCGUGGUUCAAGAUUUAGCUGGAUACAAAAUAGCAUGGCUGCGUGUAGAUACCCAAACGAUAUUGACGAUAGCUACUCACGUUAUCACGAAGAACCACCGAAUAGCCGUUUCUCACAGCGAUCAUCGCACAUGGUUUCUCCACAUACGAGAAGUAAAAAAAUCUGACAUGGGAUGGUACAUGUGUCAAAUUAAUACGGAUCCAAUGAAAAGUCAAAUCGGCUACCUCGAAGUUGUCGUUCCGCCAAACAUUUUGGACUCCGAAACCAGUACGGACAUGGUGGUGCGAGAAGGCAGUAAUGUGACAUUAUGCUGUGCAGCGACAGGAUCACCGGAACCUAGCAUCGCCUGGCGACGCGAAGAUGGCCAGUUAAUACUCCUGGGGAACGGGCAGAAAGUUAUGAGUGUCAAAGGGCCAAAUUUCAAUAUCACUAAAGUGAAUCGAUUACACAUGGGUUCCUAUCUUUGUAUUGCAUCCAACAGUGUGCCACCAUCAGUUAGUAAACGAAUUACGCUGAUUGUUCAUUUUCCGCCCAUGAUUUGGGUGCAGAAUCAAUUGGUGGGCGCUCGAGAGGGGCAACAGUUGACUCUGGAGUGCCAUUCAGAAGCUUAUCCCAAAUCCAUCAAUUAUUGGACAAGGGAUAAGGACGAAAUAGUUCCGCAAGGAGGAAAAUAUGAACCCAUAUUGUUGGACAACGCAUACAAAGUUCAAAUGAAAUUAACAAUAAGUUCUGUCAGUGCAUCAGAUUUUGGAUCAUAUAAAUGUGUCUCGCGAAAUUCAUUAGGGGAUACUGAUGGCAGCAUCAAAGUUUAUGCAAUAACAUCAAACUCGAGUUCCACCAGUAGCAUUACGAAAUACAAAGGAAAACUGAGGCACAACUCAGGAAACGAAAUUUUUGAAGGAAAUCAAGAUAUGUUGAAAGAAAGAGAUUUAAAAUUGCGGGGUCGCAAAGAAACCAACGGAAACGAAGGAGACGAUUACGACGAUUCUAGCGCGGCGUCGAACGAGAACUCUUUCAGCCUGAUUUUCACCUUGCUCACAUUUACUAUUUACCUCCAUCAUCAUCCACAGUUAAGGACGCUGCACUCGGCUUGAAAAUCAGCCCCCACCGUACCAGUACAUCAUUAGACCCUUCUUUCGAUCGCGACCCAUUGAACAUUUGUAAAUCCACUUAGAAAUCCAUCACUCAGGGACUCCAUUCCGAGGAUAAAUUAAUCGUGAACCGC